CUCUCUUUUCAAUUCCUCCCUAUAUAAACGCUCGAGUGUCUCCAGCUUUUUCUUCACCCUAAACAAAUUCGAUACACGAUCACGAUCACGAACGCAGACACAAACACAAAAACGGAACACUUGCACCGUAAGGUCGAGCCGAAUCAGGAGAAGAAGAUGACAGACGCACAAGUUUCUUGCGAAAUCAGCGAGCCCCGCAUGGUGACCAGGAAGUUCUUGGCCAGGCCUCAGCACGAAGGCGUCGGAGCCAUUGUCAGGAGAAGCAUUGGCCGGUUUGAGCUGAGAUACUUCGAUCCUUUUCUUGCCUUGGAUGAAUUUUCGGUGACUGCUCCUGCUGGAUUUCCAGACCAUCCGCACAGAGGAUUCGAGACCGUCACCUACAUGCUACAGGGAUCCAUGACACAUGAAGAUUUCGAAGGGCAAAAGGGGAUAAUAGGACCCGGUGAUGUACAGUGGAUGACCGCGGGAAGAGGGAUUGUCCAUUCCGAGAUGCCUGCAAGUCAGGGAACUCAAAAAGGGUUACAGCUCUGGAUCAACCUCUCCUCCAAACAAAAAAUGAUUGAGCCGAAGUACCAAGAAAUAUCAGGCAAAGACAUUGCAGAAGCUACGGAAGAUGGUAUCAACGUGAGGGUCAUAGCAGGAGAGGCUUUAGGAGCCAAAUCUCCAAUCUACACGAGAACACCCACCAUGUACCUGGACUUCACUCUUAAGCCAGGGGCUCACCUUCAACAGCCGAUACCCACCUCGUGGAACGCCUUCGUGUACGUCCUCGAGGGGGAGGGCGUCUUCGGGAUCCCGCAAUCCUCGCCCGUGACUACCCACCACCUCCUCCUCCUCGGCCACGGAGACGGGGUUGAGGCGUGGAACAGAUCGACCAAGCCCUUGAGGUUCAUCUUGGUCGGAGGCGAGCCGUUGGGCGAGCCCGUGGUGCAGCUCGGGCCAUUUGUGAUGAACACUCAGGAAGAGAUUGACCGGACCAUAUACGAUUUCGAUAAUUGCAUCAAUGGGUUUGAGAAGGCAAGGCAUUGGAGGAGAUCGGACUUUUAGCUAGCUUAUGAUAAGAUACAAGAAAUCGAGAAUUAAUUGGAGCCUUUAUUUCGGAGGCAUAAGAAAAAAAAAUCAAGUUGCUUGCUAAAUUUGUAUAUUGAUUCGAAAUUUGUGGUUAUUCAUUUGUCAUUUAGAAAAUUUGUAUCCGUAGCGAUUUAUUUUAUUUUAAUUUUGUCGUUGAGAUGCUUCUUGAUAUUGCCUAUAUGAAGACUAUUUAUUAUCAAUUUAAUGAGAUUUCCUCU